AUGUCUUCGUCAAAAGAAAAGGGUCCUCUCGGUAGCGAGUCGUCGCAAGAAAAUGUCAUGGUUGAAGAAUCUCGCGAUGCCGUCUUUGGUGAAAUCACCGAGGACGGCCCUAACUAUCGUGCAGUCGGUUGGAAAGGAACCGCUGUGCUUAUGAUGAAAACACAGAUCGGGCUGGGCGUCUUAUCCAUCCCAAUCGCCUUCGACGCGCUCGGUGUGAUUCCCGGCAUCAUUUGCUUGAUUGCCAUCGCGGCGAUCACAACGUGGUCCGACUAUAUCAUUGGAGUUUUUAAAUUGCGCCAUCGCGAAGUAUACAACAUCGACGACGUUGGGGAGCUUCUGCUGGGUCGUCCGGGCCGCAUUCUCUUUGGAGCUGCGUUUUGUCUUUGGUGGAUUUUCGUCGCGGGAUCGGGUAUGCUGGGCAUCUCGAUCGGCCUCAAUGCAGUCUCUUCCCAUGCCACUUGCACGGCCGUGUUCGUCGCUGUGGCGGCGGUCAUUGCUUUCUUGUUUGCCAGUAUUCAAACCCUGGGUCGCAUCUCAUGGCUGGCUUGGGUCGGUCUCUUUGCCAUCUUGACGUCGAGUAUGUUCCCCCCCCUCGCCGCGAGUCCCGGGGCUUGCCCUUUCACCAAAGCGAUCCUGAACCCUAACUUUCUUCUCUUUCUCACAGUUAUGAUCGUCACUGUCGCCGUGGGAAUUCAGGAUCGCCCAUCGGCCGCUCCCAAAGACGCGGUUUGGGUAUCGGACUACAAACUCUUCGCCCACUCAUCGUUCUACCAGGCUAUUUCCGCCAUCUCGACCUUGGUCUUUGCCUUUGCCGGCACGCCCGCUUUCUUCUCGAUCGCAUCUGAGAUGCGCGAGCCGGAACAUUACAAUCGCGCUUUGAUUGUCUGUCAGUCAGUUGUCACGGGCUUUUACAUCGCGGUCGGCGUGGUGAUCUACUACUUCUGCGGUUCAUACGUUUCAUCCCCGGCGCUUGGAUCGGCUGGCCCGAUUGUUAAGAAAGUGAGCUAUGGCUUUGCCUUGCCGGGACUGAUUGUCAGCACAUUGCUUUUCGUCCACAUCGUCGGUAAAUACAUCUUCGUCCGUCUUCUCAAAGGCUCUCGCCACUUGACCGCCAACACCCUCACCCAUUGGAUCACCUGGCUCGCCUGCACUUUCAGCGUCACGCUUAUCGCCUACAUUAUCGCCAGCUCCAUUCCCGUUUUCGGCGACCUGGUGUCGCUGGUCGGGGCCCUGCUCGGUACCCCCAUGUGCUUCCAACCCAUGGGUGGAAUGUGGCUGUACGAUAACUGGAGCAAGGGCAAGACGCACCGCACCACGCGCUGGAAGUGGAUGGUGUGCUGGUCGAUCUUUGUGAUCGUGGCGGGCUUCUUCCUGAUGGUUGCGGGUACCUAUGGGUCGGUGCUGAGCAUCGUCAACAGUUAUCGGACGAAUGGGGGGACCUCGGCCUGGACGUGUGCUAAUAACUCUUGA